GCGGCGACCCUGCGGACGCCUCUGCGCGCGCUACGCCUUGAAGGGCCGACGGGGCGACUCGCUGAGGUUGUGGGAAGGACUCGGUACGCAGAGGGCAAGACCGGGCCACACUUUUAGACUGUGUGGUUUCCCACUUAAACUUUCUCCGAUUAGUACUUAAAAAAAAAAAGUAAUUUCCAGUCCCGAUAACACUUCGAAAAGUGAAGUUUUGAGAUCUUCUACUGCAAUGACCAAUGGAUUCACCUAAGAAAAUCAGGGCUUCCGUAUUGUCUCAGGCUCCACUGGAAAUGCAGCAAGGAUUCCUAGCACAUCCCAGUUGCCAUAGCAACAGCAGUCUUUCCCAUAAUGAGCUGCAUCAUCUGAACUGAUGUCACAGCAUCAUGCAGCAGGUCAAACAAGGCAUCUCCUAGUAUUGCAUCUUACAGAUGUGCUGUAAACAUCAAAAGAGGACGGUGAGAGCAGGAGAUGCCAUAAAAAUGAAGGAAAUCCUGCCAUUUGUUACAUCGAGGAUGAAUCUUGAGGGUUAAGUGAAAUAAGUCACACAGAGAAAGACAGUAUGAUCUUAGAUCUGGAAUCUAACAACAACCAAACUCAUAGAAGGUAUUUCUCUUAUCAUCUGUGGCCAGUGUCCUUAAGUCUAGAGACCUGUUCAUUGAUUCUUCCUGGAGUCUUCUGCCAGAAUUGGGAGUCAGAGAAACCACCCAGCAACAGACUGUUUUGGAAAGAAGUAAGAUUUAGACUUCUCCAUGUUAACCAUGAGCGUGACACUUUCCCCUCUGAGGUCGCAAGACCUAGAUCCCAUGGCUACUGAUGCUUCACCCAUGGCCAUCAACUUGACACCCACUGUGGAGCAGGGAGAGGGAGAAGAAGCAAUGAAAGAUAUGGAUUCUGACCAGCAGUAUGAAAAGCCACCCCCGUUGCAUACAGGGGCUGACUGGAAGAUUGUCCUCCACUUACCUGAAAUAGAGACCUGGCUCCGCAUGACCUCAGAGAGAGUCCGGGACCUAACCCAUUCAGUCCAGCAAGACUCGGAAAGCAAGCAUGUGGAUGUGCAUUUAGUUCAACUAAAGGACAUUUGUGAAGAUAUUUCAGAUCAUGUUGAGCAAAUCCAUGCCCUUCUUGAAACGGAGUUCUCCCUGAAGCUGCUGUCCUAUUCUGUCAAUGUGAUUGUGGACAUCCAUGCAGUGCAGCUCCUCUGGCACCAGCUCCGUGUCUCAGUGCUAGUUCUGCGGGAACGCAUUCUACAAGGUCUGCAGGACGCCAAUGGCAACUAUACCAGGCAGACAGACAUUCUACAAGCUUUCUCUGAAGAGACAAAGGAGGGCCGACUUGAUUCUCUAACGGAAGUGGAUGACUCAGGACAGUUAACUAUCAAAUGCUCUCAAAAUUACUUAUCUCUGGAUUGUGGCAUUACUGCAUUUGAACUGUCUGACUAUAGUCCAAGUGAGGAUUUGCUUGGUGGCCUGGGUGACAUGACCUCUAAUCAAGUCAAAACCAAACCUUUUGACUCUUGGAGCUACAGUGAGAUGGAAAAGGAGUUCCCUGAGCUUAUCCGAAGUGUUGGGCUGCUUACAGUGGCUACUGACUCCAUUCCCUCCAACUGCAGUGAAGCAGCCAGUGAGGAUGCAUCUCAAGUAUCUCUCUUAGCAGACAACAAAAGUGGAUGUGAGGAGAACAAUGCCUCCACAGUCAAAGAACAGCCAGGCUUAAUGCCUGGGAUGUCAUCUUCUGGGGAAACUCUGAUAAAUGCUCUUCAGUCGUCUCCUGAGGCUGGGAAGCAAGAUGCCAAACCCUCCUCCCAACCUGGAGCAAAGAACCAACAGCCUCUUCCUUGUGAAAAUGCAACUCCUAAGCGAUCCAUCAGAGAUUGCUUUAAUUAUAAUGAGGACUCUCCCACACAGCCCACGUUGCCAAAAAGAGGGCUUUUCCUUAAAGAAAAAAUGUUUACGAUUAAUCUGAAAGGUACUGUUGGGAAGAAGCCAAUGGCUGAUCUCAAGCCUGAGAUGAGCAGAAGUACCCCUUCUCUGGUGGAUCCUCCUGACAGAUCCAAGCUCUGCCUGGUAUUACAGUCUUCUUACCCCAGUAGCCCUUCUGCUGCCAGUCAAUCAUAUGAGUGCUUGCAUAAGGUAGGGGAUGGGACUCUUGAAAAUGCAAUCAAAAGUCACAUUAAGGAAAUGUCUUCCAGCCUGGGAAGGCUUAAUGACUGCCAUAAAGAGAAACCUCGACUUAAAAAGCCACACAAGGCCCUAGAAGAGGUGCCUCCAUGCCAAAUGCCUAAACAGGGAACUGAUUCAGACAAGCAAGCAGAAAACAGGAGGAGCACAGUAGUGCCAAAUGGAAUUCCGUUAGGCACUUCCAAGAUCAUCGAAACAGAUUCUGCUUCUACAUCCUCACUUGAGCCAUGCAUUCAGAGACGCUGGAAUGCCAAGUUGCCAGCACAGUCAGAAACUUCCAGUUCACCACCUUUUACUCAAAGCAGUGAAUCCUCUGUUGGCUCAGACAGCAUCAUGUCUCCGGUCCCCCUUCUUUCAAAACACAAAAGCAAAAAAAGUUACUCCUCUCCCCCAAGUCACAUCACUAGGAAUGGUCAGAUAGUGGAAGCCUGGUACGGUUCUGAUGAGUACCUAGCACUGCCCUCCCAUUUGAAGCAGACAGAAGUAUUAGCUUUGAAGUUGGAAAACCUAACAAAACUUCUGCCUCAGAAACCCAGAAGAGAAACCUUUCAGAAUAUUGAUGACUGGGAACUAUCUGAAAUGAAUUCAGACUCUGAGAUUUAUCCAGUGUACCACAUCAAAAAGAAGCACACAAGACUAGGCAGGGUGUCUCCAAGCUCAUCCAGUGACAUAGCCUCUUCACUGGGGGAGAGCAUUGAAUCUGGGCCCCUGAGUGACAUUCUUUCUGAUGAAGAGUCAUGUAUGCCUCUCUCUGUCAUGAAAAAAUACACUGAGGAGAAGACAGAGAGAGUUUCAUCUUCUGAGAAAAAUGAGAGCCAUUCUGCUGCAAAAUCUGCUUUAAUUCAGAAAUUGAUGCAAGAUAUUCAACACCAAGACAACUAUGAAGCCAUAUGGGAAAAAAUAGAGGGGUUUGUAAACAAGCUGGAUGAAUUCAUUCAAUGGUUAAAUGAAGCCAUGGAGACCACUGAGAAUUGGACUCCCCCUAAAGCAGAGACAGAUAGCCUUAAACUGUACCUGGAAACACACUUGAGUUUCAAGUUGAAUGUAGAUAGUCAUUGUGCUCUCAAGGAAGCUGUGGAGGAGGAAGGACACCAACUUCUUGAGCUCAUUGCAUCUCACAAAGCAGGACUGAAGGACAUGCUGCGGAUGAUUGCGAGUCAAUGGAAGGAGCUGCAGAGGCAAAUCAAACGGCAACACAGCUGGAUUCUCAGGGCUCUGGAUACCAUCAAAGCCGAGAUUCUGGCUACUGAUGUGUCUGUGGAGGAUGAGGAAGGGACUGGAAGCCCCAAGGCUGAGGUUCAACUAUGCUACCUGGAAGCACAAAGAGAUGCUGUUGAACAGAUGUCCCUCAAGCUGUAUAGCGAGCAGUACACCAGCAGCAGCAAGAGGAAAGAAGAGUUUGCUGAUAUGUCAAAAGUUCAUUCAGUGGGAGGCAAUGGGCUUCUGGACUUUGAUUCAGAAUAUCAGGAGCUCUGGGAUUGGCUGAUUGACAUGGAGUCCCUUGUGAUGGACAGCCACGACCUGAUGAUGUCAGAGGAGCAGCAGCAGCAUCUUUACAAGCGAUACAGUGUGGAAAUGUCCAUCAGGGACCUGAAAAAGACGGAGCUACUUAGUAAGGUUGAAGCUUUGAAGAAAGGUGGCGUUUUACUACCAAAUGAUCUUCUUGAAAAAGUGGAUUCAAUUAAUGAAAAAUGGGAACUGCUUGGGAAAACCCUAGGAGAGAAGAUCCAGGACACAAUGGCAGGGCACAGUGGGUCAGGCCCACGUGACCUUCUCUCUCCUGAAAGCGGAAGCCUGGUAAGGCAGCUGGAGGUCAGGAUCAAAGAACUGAAAGGGUGGCUAAGAGAUACAGAGCUUUUCAUCUUCAAUUCCUGUCUGAGACAAGAAAAGGAAGGAACAAUGAAUGCUGAGAAACAACUGCAAUACUUUAAGUCCCUCUGUUGUGAAAUCAAGCAGAGGCGUCGAGGAGUGGCCUCCAUCCUGCGAUUAUGCCAGCAUCUUCUGGAUGACCGGGAGACCUGCAAUGUGAAUGCAGACCAUCAGCCCAUGCAGCUGAUUAUUGUAAAUCUUGAAAGAAGGUGGGAAGCCAUUGUCAUGCAAGCUGUCCAGUGGCAAACACGGCUACAAAAGAAGAUGGGAAAGGAGUCUGAAAGUUUGAAUGUGAUUGAUCCUGGCUUGAUGGACCUAAAUGGGACAAGUGAGGAUGCUCUGGAAUGGGAUGAAACUGACAUAAGUAAUAAGUUAAUUAGUUUGAAUGAAGAAUCAAAUGAUGUUGACCAAGAACCCCAACCUGUCAUGCCUUCUUUGAAGCUUGAAGAAACAGGUAGUGAGGAUCCCGGUUAUGCAGAGGAUGCAGGUGACCAUGUAGGAUCUCAGUAUGCUUCAAGUAUUACUGCCCCCUCCAGUCCACACAUUUAUCAAGUGUAUAGCCUCCACAAUGUUGAACUAUAUGAAGAAAACCACCUGCCAUUUCUGAAAAACAACCCAAAGUUCACCAGUGUGACACAGCCUAGUGUUUUAACUAAGAGUCUCAGUAAAGACUCUUCCUUUUCAUCUACCAAAUCUUUGCCAGACCUUCUAGGGGGUUCCAGUUUGGUAAAGACAUGCCCAUGCCAUGGAGGAGACAUGAGCCAGAAUUCUGGCAGUGAGAGUGGAAUUGUCAGUGAAGGAGACACUGAAACUACUACCAACUCUGAAAUGUGCUUGCUUAAUGCAGUGGAUGGGUCCCCAAGUAAUCCUGAAACUGAACAUCUGGACCCACAAAUAGGAGAUGCUGUUAAUGUAUUAAAGCAAAAGUUUAAAGAUGAAGAGGAGCACAUUAAGCUUCCAAAUAGCUCUCAGAUAUCCAUUUCAUCAAUGGGUUGUAUAAAUGGAAAAGUUGGAGAUUUAAACAGUGUUACCAAACAUACCCCUGAUUGUUUAGGAGAACUACAAGGGAAACAUGAUGUGUUUACAUUUUAUGAUUACUCCUACCUCCAAGGCUCAAAACUCAAAUUACCAAUGAUAAUGAAGCAAUCACAAAGUGAAAAAGUACAUGUGGAGGGUCCCCUACUUCAUGGUUUUUAUUUUGAUAAAAAAUCCUGCAAAUGUAAACAUCAGGCUACAGAGUUACAACCUGAUGUACCUCCCCAUGAAAGGAUUUUGGCAAGUACAUCCCAUGAAGUGGAUCGCAAUUCAUAUAAAAGUGGUGAUGUAGAGAAGACAUUUGCUGGCAUGCAGAACACCAAACAGCUCUCCCUUUUAUCUCAUAGUUCAUCUGUUGAAUCCCUUUCUCCAGGGAGUGAUUUAUAUGGAUUGGGCAUCUUUAAACAUGGCAGUGACAACCUCCAACGAAGUACUUCUUUAGAAAGUUGGUUGACAUCCUAUAAAAGUAAUGAAGAUCUUUUUAGCUGUCAUAGCUCUGGGGAUAUAAGUGUGAGCAGUGGCUCAGUUGGUGAACUAAGUAAAAGGACAUUAGAUCUCCUGAAUCGUUUAGAGAAUAUUCAGAGCCCCUCGGAACAAAAGAUGAAGCGAAGUGUUUCUGAUAUCACUCUCCAGAGCAGUUCCCAAAAGAUGUCCUUCACUGGUCAGCUGUCAUUAGACAUGGCGUCUUCUAUCAAUGAAGACUCACCUGCCUCUCUUACAGAAUUUAGCAGCAGUGAUGAGCUUUCUCUUUGCUCAGAGGAUAUUGUGUUACACAAGAACAAGAAGCCAGAAUCGAAUGCAUCAUUCCGGAAGCGCCUGACUCGUUCAGUGGCUGAUGAAAGUGAUGUCAAUGUCAGCAUGAUUGUUAAUGUCUCCUGCACCUCUGCUUGCACUGAUGAUGAAGAUGAUAGUGACCUCCUUUCCAGCUCUACCCUCACCUUGACAGAAGAAGAGCUUUGCAUCAAAGAUGAGGAUGAUGACUCUAGUAUUGCAACAGAUGAUGAAAUUUACGAAGAAUGCAACUUGAUGUCAGGGCUGGACUAUAUAAAGAAUGAACUGCAGACCUGGAUUAGACCAAAGCUUUCCUUGACAAGAGAUAAGAAAAGGUGUAAUCUCAGUGAUGAAAUAAAGGGCAAUAAGGAUGUAAGUAGUAGUGAGAUGACCAAUCCCUCUGAUACACUGAACAUUGAGGCCCUUCUAAAUGGCUCCCUAAAACAUCUCUCUGAAAAUAAUGGAAAUGCUAAGAAUAUAUCCCAUACUGGUGAGUUAGGGAUAAAGGGGGAAAAUAAGAAAAAUAUUUUCAAAGUUAAUAAAGACCCAUAUGUGGCUGACAUGGAAAAUGGCAAUAUUGAAAGUACUCCAGAAAGGCAGGAGGACAAACUGAAUGGAAUUUCAAAGGAGACAGAAAAUGUUGGUUCAACUGGGAGAGAGAUUUCAGAGAACGAGCAUUGUAACUGUAAAGCAUAUAUGAAUAGUUCAGAUCUUCCCCAAAUUGUUCCUGAUCUUCCAAAGGAAUGUCAAAGCCACAACCAUUUUGAAAAUCAAAGUGCUGCUUCUACUGUCACUGAGAAGUCUUGCCCAGAACUGCCUUCUAAAACCAGAGAUAUCGAUAGACAGGACUCUGAUAUACUAAAAUCUUCAUCUGAUGAUGCACCAAGUGUGGAUGGAAAAUCUGCUGUUUGCUGCCUUACAGUUGAACAAAGUGAAACAGAGGAAACUGCUUCUAUCAGCGACAACAUUUCCUGUUGUGCCUGUGGGCCAGAUGUUUUCCAUCAAAAAGAUGCUGAAGAUUGUUCAGUGCAUAACUUUGUUAAAGAAAUAAUUGACAUGGCUUCAACAGCUCUGAAAAAUAAAUCUCAACCUGAAAAUGAGGUGGCACCUCCUACUUCAUUAACUCAAAUCAAGGAAAAAGUACUGGAACAUUCUCAUCGGCCCAUUCAGCUGCGAAAAGGGGACUUUUAUUCCUACUUAUCUCUUUCAUCACAUGACAGUGAUUGUGGGGAGGUCACCAGUUACAUAGAAGAGAAGAGCAACACCCCAUUGCCACCGGACAUCACUGAUUCUAGCUUAGAAGACAAGGAAGACAUUGAAUGCUUCUUUGAGGCCUGUGUUGAUGAUAACCCGGCUAGAGAUGAGUCCUUUUUCUCCAGCACUCCUCCAACUGAAUCUGCUUUUCCUGGUGAAGCUGCAAAGCCAUUGCAAGUACCAUCAGGUUCUUCUGAGUCAAGUGAUAUGUCUCUUUUUGCUGAUGAUACAGAAAUGGUGGCUUUCUCAAGUUCCCACCCUCAUAAAAGUUCUGAUGUUAGAAAGGAAAUGAAUGGUUUAUCCCAAGCUUCUGUUGUCUCCAGAGAAAGCUUGGAGUUAACAACUACUUCAAAGCUGAACAGUGAAAAAGUGAAUUCAGAAAACCCAGCUGAAUCUGGAAUGCCAGAAGUCUAUAAUAGUACUUCAGCCAAACAUAGCGUUCCAGGCCUCUCCUUGCAAGCAGAGCAGCCAGAAGACAAGGUUGCAGCACAUCCCAACCCAAAAACUUUAACCUGUGAAGAAAAUCUUCUAAAUCUUCAUGAAGAACAACAUAGAAAUAUGCAUAGGUAGAAUGUAACCCUCUCCAAGCAUGAAAAAUCAUCUCAUUGAAAGAUAAGCCUGGCUGCAACUCAAGGGUGGCCUCAUACCUGCACCCUGGGCUAGUCUCUGGUUCCAUCUUGUCACUGCCGUUUGUUCCAUUGACCUCUCUCAAGAUGAAUCUUCUUUCUGAAUGCGGUUUGUCCACAUGAGCCUUGUGAUCUGGAUGUGUGCACUGGUUCUCUUUAGGUGAUUGUCUUUGAAGUUCAGCAAGCUGCUUGUUCACCCAUGGAUUCCUGUCCCGAGCUACCUCUACCAAUCCCAUCUCUCCAGCAAGACUUUUCUGUUUGCUUCUACCCCUGCCCCAUCUGCUCUUUAAAGUUUUGCUGUUCACUGAAUUGAUGGUCCAUUCAUUCACCUUCCUGGAAUGACCCCUCUACUGGUACUUGACCAAUUUCAUGUUUCAAUCUGGAUUUUUAAAAAUGGUAUUAUGCCUGUGUUUAUUGAAAGAGGUUUACCUAAAAGGCUAAUAUUUUAUUUGAUUGCAGCAUAGAGAAGAAACACUGGUCCUUCUUUCAAAAUUAAGCAACUUUGAAAAGCGCCAUCUUAUACAUUUCAUUUAAAAAAUAGUAAUCUAUGCAGCACUUCAAGAAACAACUAUAUGGUGUUGUAUAUUAUAAACUGGUGACAUUUUACUAUUAAAUUAUGUACAACAUUUUCAUUUUUUAUGCUUCUUGAGGUGGUAAUGAGAAAAAAGUUUUUUAAAAAAGUGUGCCUUGCUGUUUUUCUUAUACCAUUUAUUAAAAAGCUGCUUUCAUGAUAAGAUUAUGUUGGUUUGAAAGGAGGAAAUAGCAAGGUUAAGAAGUGUGAAUAAUUUCUGUAUAUAUGUAUAACCAAGUACAAACAUUGAUGUAUAAUGACAGUAUAAAAUGCUUUCAUGUUUGUGAUGUCUAGUGAUGUGGAAAAUAUAAGCCUUAAAUCCAUUAGAUUGCAUGAUAAUUAAAAUUGGCAAAAUAAACAUAGUUUAUUGGGGGAAAAGGAAAAUUAGUGAUCUCUUCUACCUGUGUUCUUUACCAAAUUAUUGCAUCUGGUUCUGAAAAAAUAUAUAGCAUGUAACAGCUUCCAAAAUUAUCCAUGUUGUAUGAGGCUUAAAAUUAGUUAAAAUAGAGACUACACAUGAAGUCUUCAUAAUUUUUAAACUCUUUCUGAUGAUGAUAAAAAUCUUAGAAUACAAAUGAUUAAAUGCCAGUUCCCCUAAACCAAUACAAAUUUAUC